UCUUUAUUUUCAGAUUUCAAACGUGAAGCUUUCCCUUGCGGCUACAGCUGUCCAUCUUACUGCUCACCAGAAUGUUCUGAUACCUGCUGUAACCCUUACUCCAUACCCCCAGCUCCUGCCCCACCUCCUCCUCCGCCACAGCCUGGACCACCAGGACCUGAUGGCCCUGUAGGCCCGGCAGGACCUCCUGGGCCAACCGGGCCUAAGGGAAUGCCGGGUCCUCCCGGGCUACCAGGACCCCCAGGACUGCCUGGAGCCCCUGGUAGCUUAGCUGGUCCGCCUGGUAAGUACGAUACCAGCUCAGAAAAAAACGUGUUUACACACAUAACAAAAAUGCCUGUCACCAAAUAAAGUGGCAAUGCCAGUGAAUGACCGUUUUCCUCCCUUCCCUUAUCCGUUAAGGGUAACACCAGAAUUAUACGCCUUGGUUUCUAGAACAAAGCAACGCUGAAAAGGGGGUUGGGAGGGGGCUUCCUUUAUUACUUUGUUCUGUUUAGACGAGAUGGUUGUAUGGUGCGAAAGCUAAUUUUCAGUUAUCGGUAAAUCAUCUUCACGAAUAUUUCUCUUCUAUUAAGGCAUUCCUGGGUCUUCUGGAAGUCCAGGACAACCUGGAAGUAUGGGUGAACUAGGCGACAUGGGAUACCCGGGCCCCCCUGGUCCCCCGGGACCAGCAGGCCAAACAGGACCAAUGGGUAAGCUGCAAGGAAACUUGUCAAAGUUGUUUAGAUCGAAAUGUCUCUGACAGUCAGCGGCUUAUAUUAUGGCGUAGUUUGUUAGCUUUAGCUUUUAAUCUACUCAACCUCUACCCAGCAAGUUAUGAAGAUUCCCUAAAGUUCUUCAGGCGAGCAGAUCAAACCACAAUACAACCCAACAUUAAUUAUCGGAGCCAAAAAAUCAAACAAACAUAUGCAGUUCGACCUCGAGCGGGUGAUUGUUGAUUAUCUUGAAAGAACAGAAGUUGACGUAAGGUCACUUCUUUUUCACAAUAUGGAAUAAUUUGGGAUACUUUGCAAAAAUUAAACGAGGAUUUAAUGUUUUUUUUUUUUUUAAAGACCUGUCCUUUUGACAUGUUUGUCAUUUGGAUUUCAACAGUUUUUUAGUUGGUGGGGAGGGGGGGGGGGGGGGGGGUCGAAAGCCUGUCACUAUCCUGUCGCUAUUUUCUACUCGAUAAAGAGAUGGUUACGUUCUGGUCGCCUGAAACCACUUGAACCUUAUUCAUUUUCACGCCUUGUGCCGUUUUGUGCCAUGACAUUGGUACUAUGACUGUAUAUACAUGGAUGCAAAGUGUAUUCACUUCGAACUCUGGAAAAGUACUAGGCCCUUACGGUUCAGUGUUCCCUAAUGUAAAUCCCGUUUGACUAGCAAUCGGGGAGUUCGUUAGCUCGAGUUGUUUCUGAUAUUUUUCAGUGGAUUGUCUAUAAACCACAGCUUGGGCAGCUAUUCAACAACAAUUCCACUAUCUAUGAACAAAUAACUAUUCGUUUUAUAACAGGACCAAAAGGAGUUCCUGGUGAAAACGGCCCCGUGGGCGCUAUCGGAGAGAUGGGCAUCCCGGGAGACCAGGGUCUUCCAGGUCCCCCGGGUCUUCCAGGACCAGCAGGACUACCCGGAGUUCCAGGUACUCAAGCCAUCGCGCCAUGUCCAGAGAUUUGUGAGACUAUCUGCAUUAGCUCAUGUCGCAGCGACUGCUGCAAACAGAAUGAUGCUGCUGCAUCUGGAGGUAACCGGAACUUCUGUUCUAAGAAAUACGUUUUUCCUUUCUUUUUAACGGAGCAAGGAUUUGCUGCUCAGGUCACCAUUUGUACUCUUCAAAUUACGCACUUGAAACCAAAAAUGGUCCGCAUGACGAGGGAUCUUGAAUAAUUGGCGACUCUCUUUUUAUUUAAUAAAAGGUCAAUAUUGCAUGUUGCCAACACAGAUCUGCUCAACGCAUGAGUAAAUUCAAAAAUACAGUCGACUCUCUUAACGGACACCUCUAUAAGACGGACACCUCUGUAAAACGGACACCUAUAGAGUUGGUCCCUGCCUUUGCUUAUUCCCUUUAUUUGACGCUUCAUAAGACGGACAUCUCCAUAAGACGGACACUUUGUGCCGGUCCCAAAGGUGUCAGUCUUGGAGAGAGUUGGCUGUAUGCCUAAAAGUAUAAAUCAUAAUUCAUUUCCCCACGCUCUCUUAACAACUAAGGAAUUGCUGCAGCGAGUGGCUCGACUGGAGCGGCAGGAGCUGCGGGAAAUCAAGGCUCCCCAGGAGCGGUUGGAGAUCCGGGUGCUCGUGGUCCACCGGGACCUCCUGGACCGCCGGCAACAGCACCGCCCAUUUUAUAUGGUCCACCCCCCGGAAAGCCUUGGCCAGCAGGUUUGUGCGGUACUCUAUAUUAAAAAAAAAAUAUGAUAAUAGCGAAAAGAGUACUGAUUAAUAAAUAUAUGGUAUCUUCAGAUUCCGAUCGUUGAGUGUUCUUUUUGCAAUUCAGACGAUCUCCAACCUACUUUUUCAAGUUAGCGGAAGAAUAAGGAUGGCACCAGUAAAACAGGAUAUCCAGUACCAAUAAUUAUUAUGAUACGCUGCAGAUGUUUUGCCCAAAGACGGCGUGUGUCCCUCAAAAUAAAUUUGAACUGUCGCUCGUUGCGCGGAUCGGACAAAGAAAUUUUAUCUAGGUCUUGCCUGUCUUCUGAACGCGCAAAAUGUUAGAAAUAAGACUACGAUAACUUGAACGUACUAGCCUUACAAGCAAAAACGUUAUGCGAAAAGAGAUGCUUGUCCUCCUGAAACGUAAUGGCGAAAAACUUUAGUUUCAUUCUAAUUGUGGUCAUUUAUUUAUGUAUCCUGUCAAAAAGACAGGGUCAUCUUGGCCGGAUAUUGUCCCUUAACCGGCUGUUAAUUUGAGCCCUGAUCUAUUCCUGGCACUCUUAUCGCAGGUGUACCGCUGCCAACCUGGACCAGCAAGGAAGGAGGAACUGGACCUGACGGAGCACCAGGAACAGCAGGGGCACAGGGAAAUCAAGGCUCCCCUGGUACAAUGGGAGACCCAGGGGCACCUGGUCCACCGGGACCUCCAGGACCUCCGGCAACAGCACCACCUAUUUUAUAUGGUCCCCCACCGGGAAAACCUUGGCCAGCAGGUAUUAAAAAUUUGCGGACAAAAUACUCAGAUAUACCCAAGGAGGUAUUUUUAGUUAGAACAUGUACGUUCUUGGUUAAGAGAAUGAGAAACCAAACUUAUAAUUUCGCACUAGUUACACUGGUACUGUAUCAGAUUUCAUUUGCAAUAGUUUUUGUGAGUAUUGCAGGAAAAUCAAGGAUUAUUCCCAAAAUCAGUGCAAUAAUUCCUCAUAAUUAUGAAAUGAUGAUCUGCCGACUUCAUCGGCGUAAAGAUGAGAACAUGCUUUGACUUGGAGAAGACAACAGUAUAUACAUGUAACUUAACCCCAUGCGACUUCGGCAUGUUAGGAGUUCCUCUCCCGAGUGGGUCAGAGAUGGGAACAGGAGCGGAUGGAGCAACGGGAACAGCAGGAGUUGCUGGAAAUCAAGGCUCCCCAGGAGCAGUUGGCGAUCCGGGCGCCCCUGGUCCACCGGGACCUCCAGGACCCCCGGCAACAGCACCACCUAUUUUAUAUGGUCCACCACCUGGGAAACCUUGGCCAGCAGGUAUUACAAACUUGCUUCAAUUUAUUGUGAGUUUGUACGUACAUAAGUUUGAAGAGAGCGAGGAAACAAGCGCGUAGGUUUGCACAGGUACUAUAUUCAUAUUUUACUUUCGAAGUUCUAGUAAAUAUUCCAACAAAAAAAUUUCCAAAAAUGUGUUAAUCUCCAAACCAUUACAAUAAUGCUAUGAAAUUAUCAAAGGGAGCGAAGGUCUGCCAACUACAAGGCGUAACGCUGAAAACAUGCUUUGACGUGCAGACAACAUGAGUUUCUGAACAUAGUGUUUACCCAUGCGACUUUGGCUAUUUCAGGCGUUCCUCUUCCGAGUGGGCCAGAAGUGGGAACAGGAGCGGAUGGAGCAUCUGGAACAGCAGGAGCUGUGGGCAAUCAAGGCUCCCCAGGAGCAGUUGGCGAUCCGGGUGCCCCUGGUCCACCGGGACCUCCAGGACCUCCGGCAACAGCACCACCUAUAUUAUAUGGUCCACCACCUGGAAAGCCUUGGCCAGCAGGUUUACUUUCAAUCAUAUUUAAAUUAGAUUUUAGUGAUGCCAUCUAUAGUCUACUGAGUUUAAGUAAAUUCGCUGAGCUCGCAGAACCUGAAUUUACGCUCACCAUAAGUUCGCCAAGGUUGCCCACGGUCGACUCACUGCUGGAAACGUAUUACAAUAAAGAGAAGUGUCUUGAAUACCUUUUUAAAGUAGCUGACAGUUUUUGAGUUACAGUCGUGUAAAUACAAACUAUACGAAGUCUUAGCAAAAUAACUGUACCGAUAUAUAUAAGGUGCUUCAUCAAGUCAGAUGAUUUUCCCUCUGGUCACCUUUCAUUAUUCUCGUUGCUUCAUCUAACCUAAGCUACUCACCACCAAGGGAUGUUAUCUACUGCUACUGGGGUCUCCUCUCAAUUAAAGAACUUAUUUAAUUAGUGGCAAAAUCAAAAGAAUCUACAGUUGACUAUAACCAGUAUUACUUAAUACCAUUCUCAUUAACUUUGGCUUUCCUUUGUGGAUCAGAAGUAACUACCAGAGCACAUGGGGCUUAGAUAUUUAUAAUGAGAGGCUGUUUCUCUAAAGAAUCUACAGUUGACUAUAACCACUAUUACUUAAUAUCAUUCUCAUUAACUUUGGCUUUCCUUUGUGGAUCAGAAGUGGCUACCAGAGCGGACAGGGCUUAGAUAAUUACAAUGAGAGGCUGUUUCUCCCUUCUAUUUUUAGGAGUACCCUUGCCAGUUUGGCCUGAUGAUGGAGCAACACCAAAUCACAAACCAACGGGUAGGUGCCAGGCGGCUUUACCAGCUGGUGGGCUUUGCAGUUGAGGAUAUAAUCUUUAGCCGUGGAUACUUUAGAAGUUUGUGAUGAUAUGAAAUAGUUUGUAUCGAAGUCUUCUUCUUUACUAUCAUUUCCUUAAUUCUGACUCAAUAUGGCGGUGAGAGAAUAUGCAAAAGUAUAAUAACCGAUUAGGUAAAAAAGUUAAAGGCGUACACGAGCAAAAGCCCCAAACGACUUAUCCCGGUUUCAUUAGCAUGAAGCAUGCGAAGAAAGACGAGAUGCUAGUCCAUCGUAAGGUUACCGCCCAGCAGUAUGUCGCCGGUACCCAUUUAUACACCUGGUUGAAGAGAGACAAUGUGGAGUAAAGUUCCUUGUCUAAGGAAACAACGCGACGGGCGAAGCCCUCCAGAUCCGGAGUUCAAGGUAUAAACCGCUCGGCCACACACGCCUUCUCAUAAUAUUUCAUUAAGAACGCUCAGAUAGAACGCGCACGGUCCACUAGACGAUAGUUUACAGUCCAAUUUACGAAUGCAGAGACGCUUAAUGGAUAUUAAUUGUAUUGGUUGGUCAGCCAGCUGCUGCGGCACUCUUUAGCGGUGCUUGUGAAAUCAUUAUGACGAUACUACGAAAUCAUUAUAACGGUAGUAAUGAUGAUGAUGACUUUGUUAUGGUGACGAUGAUGACGACGAUAAUGAUAUCAGUUAUUAUGACUAAAUUUCGUAUUUUUUUUUGUGAUAUUAGAACCAGUAGGCCCGGCCGCUCCUGCAGAUUCCACUGGUUCACAAGGUGCAACAGGUAAAAUCCUUAUUCUUUUGUAGUGUCAGUAAAUGUAGUCCGCUAGAAAAAAAAAUAAUGUCAUUGAAAAGAAGUGCUGAAAAGCAUUUUCUCUUUUGAAUUGUCGCACUUUAAAUUCUCCUCAUACUGACUAUUUAAAGAAUUCCCUUUGUGAAUCGACUGUCGUUCAACUGUAAGCUUGAACUGUAAGCUUAAAGCUUGGUCGGGAAAAGAUGUGGUUUCUCCACAUCACUGGUUGAAAGAAAAGCUUUCAUUAAAGAGUGUUUAAUUAUUUUCAACCCCAAUGACAAAAACAAUGGACCUCGUAAAUCCGUUUGUUCUAAGGAUCUUUAGACCCCAUGCCCGAUGUGACCACUGGCUGCCAUUGGGUCUCGGUCUCCCUAGCCUACUGGUUGCUUUCUGCCACCUUCGAUUUUAAUCCCUUUAUGUUAUAUUUGUAAUAUUUGUCUCUUAUUACUUGUGUCUGUAGAACUAAGUGCACUUUAAUCAGAAACAAAGCAUUUACCAUUUCAUAUCAAGUAAGUUGACGUUGCAAGCUUUUUCUUUAAAUAAGGACCAGUAGGACCCCAAGGUUCACAAGGGGAAAUGGGAGCGAUGGGAGCACCUGGUGCUCAGGGAGACCCCGGAUCGGCAGGAUUUUCCGGACCACCAGGACCACCUGGUCCUCCAGGCAUACCUGGUCCACCAGCUACAAACGCGUCUUCUGUAACACCUUCCUUCACCUCUGCGGCUUCUGGAGCAGCUGGACCGACAGGUAGGAGAUUCUACAGUUAACUCCCGAUAUCUCGAACCCUCGCUAACUCGAACCUCGCGCUAAAUCGAACCAAAAUCGAUUUCCCCUCGAUUUCCGUCAUUCAUCUACUGUAAUUUUACACUCGAUAACUCGAACCUCCCUCUAACUCAAAGUAAUUUUUGUUUCCCCUCAGAUCAUUUCUAUAUAAUUUUACCCUCGAUCAACUCGAAUCAUGUUUUGAGCCCUUAAAAAGUCGGGAAAAAAAACAGUGUAAUGACGUCGGAAACAUUGAAUUUUGAAUUUCCCAUUGACGUUUUGUAGGCAUAUAGAUUACUAGUGGAUCGAUAGUGGAGUCUGAUGUUAUUUGUCACUAAUCUAACGUGAAACAGCUUUACUUCUCAAAAAGUAGAAUGCAUGCUCUAUUUAAGCAAUGUUUUGUUACCUUACGUUCUGAUUUAUUACUAUCGGGAGAUUUCCCAUUAAACUCACGCUAUACUUCUAAUCAUGAAAAUAUGCCUUUCAAUAGAUUGAAAUCUAGGGCAAUUUAUUAGAUGCAGCACAGAAUAUUAAACAAACAAAAAAAUAAAAUCAUAGUUGUAGGUAAGGCAAGGCAAAUCAACUUUCAAUUGGCAAGUUUAUGUUGUACAGACCAUAUUGCUUCAAUCUUGUUUCCGUUGCAAAUUUUGAAUCAUUCAGGUAUGACGGGAUCUAAGGGUCUUCAAGGAGACCAGGGAGCAAUGGGAGCAAUGGGAGCACCAGGGGAUCAAGGUGAUCAAGGAGCCGCAGGACCCCCUGGACCCCCGGGGCCACCAGGACUUCCCGGAAUACCUUCUACUUCUGCGAGCGCUGCCCCUGUUAGUCCAGCUGCAGGAGCAUCUGGUCCCACAGGUCAGGACGUCUUGAAUUGUAUAGUCAUAAUUCAGAAAAAAAAUUCGAAUUAUUUCCAAGAAGUCAUUUGAUUCUCACACUGAUCCUAUAUUAGCUCAUAUUCAAAAGAUUGCAAAUACUGAGUUCUCUGAAAUUUACUUUUUUCAACUUGGAAAGUUUAUGUAUUCUUAUAAAUUAAGCCUGCUUCCUAAUGUAUUCAAAGGAACGUUUUUAACGACCAAUCAAGUUCAUUACCAUAAUACCAGAAAUUCAAAAACACACUACUUAUUUCCUGCACGAACGAAUAUAAGGGUCCUAAAAUUUUCAAUUCACUUAAUUACGAUAUAAAAAGUGCUGCUACUACUAUCUUGAAAACAUUUCAUUUUAGCUGAUUCACCAUUUGUAAAUAAUACUUGUUUUUUCCUUUUUUCUGUUUUGUUUUGCUUGCUUUUUAUCCUAAUUAUGUUUCAGUAUGAUUUCGCCGCUUAUUUAUUUAACAAUUAAUGAAUGAAGCUGAGUAUCUUAUGAGGAAUUACGGAGAUACGAUCUCCAUAAUUCUUCAUAUGAUACGAACGCCAAAUUCAAUAAUUGUUUGAUUAUUCAUUCAAAAUAAUUCCUAGUUUAAAUACCUAGCUAAAACAUGCUUACCUCCAUCGAUGUUAAGAGAGUGUCUCUGUAAGAGCGGUCCGGUCGAUUUUCCUUGAGACACAGAUUUAGCUCAUUUCUUGUGUGUUGUAAGACAUUCAUGUACCUAUACUAAAACCACAAUCCGUUUGAUCGAAUCUCUUUAUUUUUCAGAGUUUUACGGAAAUUAAAUUUCACUCGAGCGAAGGCCUGUCGUGACACUUUUCAAGACGUUAAUUUGAGGCAACUUUGCCGGACAAUUUACAACAAACUACGGAACUCAGCAAAAAACAAAUACCACAGCCAUGUAUAUUAACACUAUCUUAUCCAUCGACGCGACAUUCGUGAACAUCACGUUUCAAUCAAGCAAACAGGAAGACUUGAACGACACCUUAUCGGUUCGCUUAAGUCACACACGCGAAAACCGAUCAAAUUCAAGGCACAUUUUUGAAAAAGUGAGGCGUUGUUAAUUGAUCCAACUAAUAUAGCUAGGAAGUAGGUGCCAUAGAAAAGGUAACUACGGAAAAAAACUUUGCGGCCCGACCUUUACUAAAACUUUAUAACUGCGUGAACUUACCUCAUUUUCGGCAACCUCCAAGUUUUGCCGCCAUUUUGAGGGACUUGUCAACAUGAAGCGUAGCAGAUAUAAAUCGAGCAGGUAGAUCUAAAACAGUCAGAAAUAUAUACGAAAGCAUUCAAAUGAACUUCACUUUCAAUUCAAGGGGCAAAAUUUGUCACUGUUCGUUAAACCUACCAUUCCUACAUCCCCAUGCGACCAUUUCUUCCAACAAUUCAAACAUUACAACUAGUGACCACUAGUGUUCGAAUUUCCCUUGUCGAUUCCACCGUAAGAAAUAACCUGUGCCCCCCAAGCUUCGACUCGAAUGUGAAGUACGAAUCAAACAAAUAACUACGUCAUCUUCGAGGCCAUAUCACGCUGGUAUUUUGAUUUUCUGAUCGACAAGAACGGUGAUCAGGAGGUGAUCGCCAUGUUUACCUGAUAAAGGUGACCGCUGACCAGCCGCUGAAUGAAAACAGUACGGCGCGGGGUGGUGUGGGUGGCGGACUUAUCGUGAUAAGAUAUUCGAAUACACGCUAAAAAAGCUUUAGGACUCUCAGUCUAAACAGUGAAGGCAUGCUUCAUGGUACAGACAACUUUUAUUUUAUCCUCAUAACUUUUUCCUUUAAAUUAGAACUGGUAUUAAUUAAUAGAGUUAUUUAAAUAUUUUUAACCGAGGUACCCAUAUGAGCUUUUUUCUUGUCCUCAGUGGUAUAAAAUAAGGUGUCUUUUCUUCCAGAACCUUUUAUUUAUGCGUUAUUGCACGGAAUGAACACUAGACUUAGAAGGUUUGUUCUAAAUCAUUUUGCUGUUCCCAAGAAUGUAUGCAAAAUUAUAGCUUUAUACAAAGCUGACUCUAAAAAAUGAUUUUCCGUAACAGUAACCAAUGUCAUUUAGGUAAGAUGUUAAUAAAACUAGCAAUGUACAAUUUUUAGCGUUUUCCACUUAUAAGCCUGACAUACAAUUGUCAAGUGAACUAUGUUAGUUUCAACUCAUUCCUUGAUUCGAUGUGACCUUUUAUCACUAAACCCCAUUCUUUUCAUUUGCAAUUUUCCUGUACUUUUUAUUUCAUAUGACAACGACAAAGAGUUUUAUAAGUAAACCGAUUCUUUGGUGUACCACGCUUAUUACGUUGUAUAUUCAAAUACAUGCAAAAGGCCGGCUAAAUAAGUUCUUCCCUUUGCUCCUAAUUUUUUGGGUUGCCUUCGCCCCAUGCCUCUGCACGACUCACUGUCGGCUAAAAGGAAAUUUGAAAGACUGCUAUGCAGGACACAUUUUUUUUUUCUCCAUUUACCCUUUCCAUUUUUUUAUAAGUGUGUAAAGAUAUAAAAAACACGAAGGUUUUUACAAGUAAACUGUUUUUUUUUGUACUACUCUUAAUAUAUACAUAUACUUUGUUCUCACAAAAUGGUGGCUAAGAACGGCUGAAUAUAUACCUACUUGGAAAUAAAAUGAUGCUGUUUGGUUUCUCGUUAAAACAUUACGUAAGAGUGACGCAUGUCCGUUCAAAUUGUGACAAAACCACCUCACAAAGUCAAAGCAAAAGAGAAAAAAGUGUAAUUUUCAUAGCCAACUUACAAUCUCUCCUUUAUAGACAGCUACAAGGGCCAUUGGGUCACUGCUUGAUGGUGUAAUUAUCCUUCCACUGAGCACUGGAAUUAAUUCAUGGGUCAUUUCCUUUAUUUUUGACAUUAGAACAGCUUUGAAAUCACUAGAUUUAAGCUGGGUUGAAAAAUCCUCAUCCCUUACCCUUUCAGAAGACGGCAGUACCAACGUUAUCGAGAGACAGGGUAGCGAACCUUUCCAGUCGAAUUUAAGUGAAGGAUGGGCACUUCAUAAGCCAAAAGGUGGCGCUGUUCGCUUCUAAGAGAAAGUAAGGCAGUAUCUCACCUCCAAGUUUGAAAUUGGUGAGCAAUCUGGAAGUAAAGAGGAUCUGCGACAAGUCUCGCAAGAUAUGAGGAAAGCAAAGGGGGAAAACGGGGAGCGCCUGUUUUCCCGGGAAGAGUGGCUGACCAAAGCCCAAAUACAAGGAUUUUUCUUCCGUUUGUCCUCCUCAAGAUGGAGACGGGCAGGUUCGUCUCCGAGCACCGCGGUUGACGAUAAAUCUGACGAGGAAUUAAUUGACGAGGAAGAAGUGAAUCACAUGACCACUGUCGAAUCAGUUGUAACAGAAAUUGGCUUGACGCAUCCGAUUGUCUAUGACAUUUAUGACUUGUACGUGUGACUACGUCAAGGAGGGAAAAUUGAACUAUUUUACUGUUUCCAUGCUUAAGAAAAUCUGUACUUUCUUCGAGCUCCCAUUUAAAUGGAAGUCGUGCAGAGGCAUGGCGCGAAGGCAACCCAAAAAAUUAGGAGCAGGAGGAGGAGCUUAUUUAGCCGACCUUUUGCAUGUAUUUGUAUAUACAAUGUGAUAAGCGUGGUACACCAAAAAAUCAGUUUACUUAUAAGACUCUUCGUCGUUGUCGCAUGAAAAAAAAGUACAAGAAAAUUGCAAAUGAAAAGAAUAGGGUUUAGUGAUAAAAGGUCACAUCGAAUCAAGAAAUGAGCUGAAGCUAACAUAGUUCACUUGACAAUUGUAUGUCAGGCUUAUAAGUGGAAAACACUAAAAAUUGUACAUUACUUGUUUUAUUAACACCUUACGUAAAUGACAUUAGUUACUAUCACGGAAAAUCAUAUUUUAGAGUCAGAUUUGUAUAAAGCAAUGAUUUUGCAUACAUUCUUGGGAACAGCAAAAAUGACUUAGAACAAACCUUCUAAGUAUAGUGUUCAUUCCGUGCAAUAACGCAUAAAUAAAAGGGUCUGGAAGAAAAGACACCUCAUUUUACACCACUGAGGACAAGCAAAAAGCUCAUAUGGGUACCUCGGUUAAAAAUAUUUAAAUAACUCUAUUAAUUAAUACCAGUUCUAAUUUAAAGGAAAAAGUUAUGAGAAUAAACCAAAAGUUGUCUGUACCACGAAGCAUGCCUUCACUGUUUAGACUGAGAGUCCCAAAGCUUUUUUAGCGUGUAUUCGAAUAUCUUAUCACGAUAAGUCCGCCACCCACACCACCCCGCGGCGUACUGUUUUCACUCAGCGGCUACGGCUUAAUAGAAGGUCCAAUAGCUUCCUAUGGUCAGCGGUCACCUUUGUGAGGUAAACAUGGCGAUCACCUCCUGAUCACCGUUCUUGUCGAUCAGAAAAUCAAAAUACCAGCGUGAUAUGGCCUCGAAGAUGACGUAGUUAUUUGUUUGAUUCGUACUUCACAUUCGAGUCGAAGCUUGGGGGGCACAGGUUAUUUCUUACGGUGGAAUCGACAAGGGAAAUUCGAACACUAGUGGUCACUAGUUGUAGUGUUUGAAUUGUUGGAAGAAAUGGUCGCAUGGGGAUGUAGGAAUGGUAGGUUUAACGAACAGUGUCAAAUUUUGCCCCUUGAAUUGAAAGUGAAGUUCAUUUGAAUACUUUCGUAUGUAUUUCUGACUGUUUUAGAUCUACCUGCUCGAUUUAUAUCUGCUACGCUUCAUGUUGACAAGUCCUCAAAAUGGCGGCAAAACUUGGAGAUUGCCGAAAAUGAGGUAAGUUCACGCAGUUAUAAAGUUUUAGUAAAGGUCGGGCCGCAAAGUUUUUUUCCGUAGUUACCUUUUCUAUGGCACCUACUUCCUAGCUAUAUUAGUUGGAUCAGUUAACAACGCCUCACUUUUUCAAAAAUGUACCUUGAAUUUGAUCGGUUUUCGCGUGUGUGACUUAAGCGAACCGAUAAGGUGUCGUUCAAGUCUUCCUGUUUGCUUGAUUGAAACGUGAUGUUCACGAAUGUCGCGUCGAUGGAUAAGAUAGUGUUAAUAUACAUGGCUGUGGUAUUUGUUUUUUGCUGAGUUCCGUAGUUUGUUGUAAAUUGUCCGGCAAAGUUGCCUCAAAUUAACGUCUUGAAAAGUGUCACGACAGGCCUUCGCUCGAGUGAAAUUUAAUUUCCGUAAAACUCUGAAAAAUAAAGAGAUUCGAUCAAACGGAUUGUGGUUUUAGUAUAGGUACAUGAAUGUCUUACAACACACAAGAAAUGAGCUAAAUCUGUGUCUCAAGGAAAAUCGACCGGACCGCUCUUACAGAGACACUCUCUUAAGUUGAUCUUCGAUAGAGUACGUUUAGGAUUGUUCAGCUCCGCAAAUAUUCUCCAAAUAGCAGAUGUCGCCCUUCGAGAUGUCUUCUUGCUGUUCUUGCCGUGGUUUUAGCUAUUAUUUCGCCCAGUUCGUACUCUUGAAACGAGUGAAAUGUCCGCCAUUUUUGUUUUCACAACCAAAACAACUCAACAUUGUCCCAGGUCAUCUCGGUUAACGGUGCAUUAACCUACAAUAAAGCUUCACUUUUGACGUCAUCAGUUGAUUAAUCGCAAAAUUAUUGCAAAUUUGGUCAUCAGUAGCUGGUUAUGGUGAAUUAUGCACGUGCUUUUAGCCAACCAGAAUCGGGAAAUAUUUUGAAUGAAUAAUAAUGAUUAUUAGUCUUGGGUUAAGGAGAGAGCUCAUACAAUAAACCCCAAGGUUUCAAUUUGAGCUUCCUCGUCAGAAAAAUACUUUUAAUUCUUUUACAUACAAUUACGUCUCUUUAAUAUUUAACUGAUAUUUUUGUAAUGUACUGAAUGUCUGUUUUUAUACAUAUAUAUUUUUCUGGCUAAUAAACUGAAACUGAAAUUACAAUUAAUGGUUUUGGGGAUGCUGUUUCAUGAAUAUUAGAUGUUCGAGUUUCUUAUCAAUAUAACUCCAUUUCUUCAGGUGCAACUGGUCCCAAGGGUCCUCAGGGAGACCAGGGAGCGAUGGGAGCUAUGGGAGCGCCAGGGGAUCAAGGGGAUCAAGGAGCUGCAGGACCCCCUGGACCACCGGGCCCACCAGGACCUUCCGGUAUUCCUGCUACUUCGUCAAGCACUGCCUCCAUAACUCCAGUUGCUGCUGGAGCUUCUGGUUCCACUGGUGAGUACUUCCGAAUGCCUAAGCAACUUGGGGUGUAGCUUUAUAGAUAGGGGGCUAAAAUCUCUAAAGAUUAAAACCUCUAUUUUAUGUUCCAGGCUUAACUGGACCUAAGGGUCCUCAAGGUGACCAGGGAGCAAUGGGAGCUAUGGGAGCACCAGGGGAUCAAGGUGAUCAAGGAGCCGCAGGACCCCCUGGACCACCGGGGCCACCAGGACCUUCCGGUAUUCCUGCUACUUUCACAAGCACUGCCUCUAUAACUCCAGCUGCUGCUGGAGCUUCUGGUUCCACUGGUGAGUACUUCCGAAUGCCUAAGCAACUUGGAGUGUAGCUUUAUAGAUAGGGGGCUAAAAUCUCUAAAGAUUAAAACCUCUAUUUUAUGUUCCAGGCUUAACUGGACCUAAGGGUCCUCAAGGUGACCAGGGAGCAAUGGGAGCUAUGGAAGCACCAGGGGAUCAAGGUGAUCAAGGAGCCGCAGGACCCUCUGGACCACCGGGGCCACCAGGACCUUCCGGUAUUCCUGCUACUUUCACAAGCACUGCCUCUAUAACUCCAGCUGCUGCUGGAGCUUCUGGUUCCACUGGUGAGUACUUCCGAAUGCCUAAGCAACUUGGAGUGUAGCUUUAUAGAUAGGGGGCUAAAAUCUCUAAAGAUUAAAACCUCUAUUUUAUGUCCCAGGCUUUACUGGACCUAAGGGUCCUCAAGGUGACCAGGGAGCAAUGGGAGCUAUGGGAGCACCAGGGGAUCAAGGUGAUCAAGUAGCAGCAGGACCCCCUGGACCACCGGGGCCACCAGGACCUUCCGGUAUUCCUGCUACUUUCACAAGCACUGCCUCCAUAACUCCAGCUGCUGCUGGAGCUUCUGGUUCCACUGGUGAGUACUUCCGAAUGCCUGAGCAACUUGGGAUGUAGCUUUAUAGAUAGGGGGCUCAAAUUUCUAAAGAUUAAAACCUCAUUUUUUCCAGGCUUUACUGGACCUAAGGGUCCUCAAGGAGACCAGGGAGCAAUGGGAGCUAUGGGAGCACCUGGGGAUCAAGGCGAUCAGGGAGCUGCAGGACCCCCAGGACCACCGGGUCCACCUGGUACCCCAGGAAUACCGGCAACUAGUCCCUCCCUACAUGCAUGUCCAGCUAUUUGUGAUAAAUUUUGUGUUGGUUUCUGCCCUAAAUUAAACUGCUGUAAAAAGUCUCAAAUCCCUGCAAAAAAGGCGCUUGUGAAAGACACGCAGAACAUUAUGCCGAAAAAAGUUGAAUUAUCACUAAAUAGCCCAAAGGUGGCUUUGGUACCACAGCAGGCAAAGACAAAUUUACAAGUAAAACCAAGUGUUCAGGGACACCCGAUAGCCGUCACACAAAUACAUGGCCAUCCCCAAGUCCAGAUGAAAGAAAUGACUCCAGGGAAAACUCAAAAUAACGCGAAAAGGAAUAAGAUUAGGCACAUUAAACACAAGAAAUUAAAAUAG